AUGUCGUCAGAAAAUCAUCAGGAGUCGGGUGCGGCGAAUGGAUCCACCGUGCCGCAGAAGUUGACGCCAAACGCUGCCGCUGGAAUCCCAAGAAUUCCGAUACCAGGGCCGAAAGCGUAUAACCACGAGGUAGAGACAAAGGGAGAUGAUACUUGGUCACCAGCUACUUACCAAAACUACCUUCCAACAUGGCCAACAGAUAAAUAUCCUUCUCUCGAGCCAUUCACACACGUGGAUCCAGGAAGCAGAGCGGAUCCAUCAUUUCCAGACCUUCAUCCACCCGGUAGCAAGCAUACGUCCAUAAACCCUACAAUUGGUACAAAAAUCACUGGUGUUCAGCUUUCCUCUCUUUCCGAUGCAGGUAAAGACCAGCUGGCUCUUCUCGCCGCACAAAGGAAGGUUCUAGUAUUUAGAGACCAGGAUUUUGCAAGCUUGCCAAUUGAGAAGGCACUAGAAUUUGGGUCCUAUUUCGGUAGAUUGCAUGUUCAUCCUAGUAGUGCUACAACGGCGACCCACCACCAAAUACAUAUCGUGCAUCGUGGGGCCGGAGAUGAAACGUGGAAAGAACAGCCACCUGGAACGACGUUUAUGUACAUCUUGGACUUGCCGGAAUCAGGUGGUGAUACUAUCUUCGCGGAUCAGGUUCAAGCAUACAAAAGACUAUCGCCUAGUUUUCAGGAGAGGCUACAUGGGUUGAAAGCUCAGUACGCUGGACCAGAUGGUGGUCGAGGGGGCAUCUGCCGGCGAGAACCUGUUAUGGUUGAGCAUCCUAUUGUCAGAACACAUCCAGUGACUGGAGAUAAGGCAUUAUAUAUUACUAAGGGAUCCUGCAAGGGAAUCGUAGGAUGGAAGAAAGAGGAGAGCGAUAUGCUUUUAGGUUUCUUGAACAGUCAUACAGCCGGCGGCCAGGAUUUUCAGGUUAGAGUAAAAUGGAAGAAAGGAACGGUAGUAGUGUGGGAUAAUCGCGUAACUGCACAUUCCUCCAUUUUAGAUUGGGAGACCGGUGAAAGAAGGCACCUUGCAAGAAUCACCCCGCAGGCAGAGAAGCCUAUAGAAACUCCGUUUGUAGACAUAAGUCAGGGCUGA